AUGUCUGUCCCGCACCCCGCGCCCGUCAAGCAGGCGCCCGAGUACCACAAUGUCCUCAUCAUCGGCGCCGGCGUCACCGGCCUGGCGAUGGGCUGCCAGCUGCGCUCCAUGCUCGGCGAGACCGACGUGCGCAUCUUCGAGCGCGAGGCCGGCAUCGGCGGCACGUGGUGGAGCAACACAUACCCCGGAGCAGGCUGCGACAUCCCGAUCCCGCUCUACUCGUUCUCCUUUGAGCAGCGCAAGGACUGGACGACGUUCUUUGCACUGCAGGACGAGAUCCAGACGUACCUGCAGGACGUGGCGGACAAGUACGACCUGACGCGCAAGACGCACUGCUCCACGGAGGUCUCGUCGGCGCACUGGGACGAGGCGCUGGGCCUCUGGCACGUCUACACGCGCCCCGCGCGCGGCGAGACGACGCGCGGCAACGAGGACAAGCACUGGGUGUGCAAGGUGCUCGUCAGCGGCGUCGGUGGCCUGUCGCAGCCGAACCCGUGCACGAUCGAUGGCCACGAGAAGUUCCAGGGUCCGCUCUUCCACAGCGCGCGCUGGGACCACAGCACGGAGAUGAAGGGCAAGCACGUCAUCGUCGCGGGCAACGGCUGCUCGGCGACGCAGUUUGUGCCCAUCAUCGCCAAGGAGGCCAAGUCGGUGACGCAGUUUGUGCGCUCCAAGCACUGGUACGCGCAGCGCCCGGCGAACCCCGUCGACUUCCGUCUGUGGCGCUGGUUGGUGCGCUACGUGCCCGGCUUUGUGUACCUGCAGCGCGCCGUCAUCUUCACCGUGCUCGAGCUCUCGAUGCUCAUGAUGUUCAAGCACCGCCUCGGCACACUCUACCGCAACAAGUUCGCCGCCGACUGCAUCGCGUACAUCAAGAAGACGGCGCCGCCCAAGUACCACGACGUCCUCGUGCCCAAGGACGGCGAGCUGCAGCCUGGCUGCAAGCGCCGCGUCUUCGACACGGACUACCUGCCGGCGCUGCGCCGUGACAAUGUCGAGCUGGAGCGCUCGGCACUGGUCGAGAUCAAGGAGAAGAGCGUCAUCUGCAAGGACGGCCGCGAGCUGCCGGCCGACGUCAUCGUCAUGGCCAACGGCUUCAACAUCACCGAGAUGGGCUUCCCGAUGAAGAUCUACGGCCGCAACGGGCACGACGUGCAGAGCUACUGGAAGGCGAACGGCGGCCCGCAGGUGUACCGCGGCUCGAUGAUGAGCGAGUUCCCCAACCUCUUCCUCUGCAUGGGUCCCAACACGGGCACCGGGCACUUCUCGUACAUCUUCACUGCCGAGUGCGUCACGCGCUUCGCCAUCCGCGUCAUGGCGCCCAUCCUCAAGGCGCCGCGCCCGACGGUCUUCGACUCCAAGGCGCCCGGCGCGCGCCGCAGCCCGUCCGUCAACAUCACGCGGCAGAAGGAGAUCGAGGAGCAGGUGUGGAUCCAGUCGACGAGCCAGAACAUGGUCUACUCGUUCAACUGCGGCUCGUGGUACGUCGACCCCGACUCGGGCCGCGUGGCUGCCGUCUACCCGAGCUUCCAAACGAUGUUCUGGCUGCGCUCGGCGAUGCCGAUGUACAACGACUUUGUGUACAAGGGCAUCCGCGCGCCCGGCGGCAUCCUCACGCGCAUCCGCCAGGGCCUCGGCAUCGGCGGCACCCCCAUCCCGACGCGCGAGCAGAUGGUCAAGUUCAAGCAGGGCGCCUACGUCGUCGGGCAGCCCAAGGUGCGCCAGGAGGAGGCCAAGCAGAUCAAGUCCGGCCCGGGCCACUGA